UGUGGUAAUGAAGUUUGUGUAUUAUAUUGUAAGCACGCAACCUCUGGAAUUCAAUGCGUCUAUGGAGGAACCAUCUACAUCUGGAUUUUCCGUGCCUGUGACACAUACCGGUGAUCAUUCAAAUGCAGCUGAAGCCGCAAGCAUGAGUUAUGAUUGGAAAACUGAACCAGAUAAAAAUAAAGCAGCAUCCUUAUACACAAAGGAAAUAAUUUGCCAACAUGAGAUGAGAAAGCCCCUCUUGAUGACCAUGGAUUUGAGGAUGGACAAGGAAGAUCAAGACAGAGAACUUGUUGCAUUCUACAAACAAAACGGCAUAGAAUGGGCAAGCCCUGUGAAGUGCAGACUCCAAGGGGAUGCUGCCAUUGGUGAGGGAGUAACCAGACAUUUCUUGUCUACUGUUAUACAGAGGCUUCAGCAUGGAUUUAAUUUUAACAUGGGAAAUACUGCAAGGACCUGUCUCUUUGACGGUGAACCAGGUCAUCUUGUUCCAUCAUCAUCACAAUUUCUCGUAGAGAGUGAUCUGUUCCUUGUUGCAGGACGAAUGAUUGGACAUUCUUUCCUACAUGGUGGACCUCGGUUGGCUGGAGUCAGCCAAGCAAUAGUCCAUGUACUACUAGGAGGUUCACCUGAGACCGCUACAGUGCAAAUAGAAGACUGUCCUGACCAUGAUAUUCGUGAAACCAAUACAACUGAACUCGGAUCACUUGGGUGUUUCGGAGAGGAAGCACUACUCCGUAGAUGA